AUGAGUGCUGCCCCUUUUCUACUGACUGGCUUCCCGGGUCUGGAGACAUUUCAUCCCUGCAUUUCCACCUCUUUCUUUGUCAUCUAUGUCUCCAUACUCCUUGGCAAUAGCACUCUCCUCUUCCUCAUCAGGGAGGACCGAACCCUUCAUGAGCCCAUGUACUACUUUCUGGCUAUACUGGCAGCCACAGACCUGGGAAUGACUUUGACCACGAUGCCCACUGUGCUUGGUGUUCUGUGGCUGGAUCACAGGAAGAUAAGCCAGAGUUCCUGCUUCUUCCAGUCUUAUCUAAUCCACUCGUUCUCUAUCGUGGAGUCUGGAGUCUUGCUCAUCAUGGCCUAUGACCGUUUUAUUGCUAUCCGUAAUCCCCUGAGAUACACCUCCAUUCUGACCAACAUGAAGGUGAUAAAGAUAGGUCUGGGGGUUCUAAUGAGGGGAUUUUUGCUUAUAAUACCCAUAAUCAUCACCCUUUCUGGAUUUCCCUACUGCAGAUCCCACAUCCUCUCCCAUGCCUUCUGCCUGCACCAGGAUGUCAUCAAACUGGCCUGUGCUGACAUCACCUUCAAUAGACUCUAUCCCAUAGCCCUGGUCUCAUUAACUGGUUUCUUGGACUCUGUGCUUAUCCUUGUUUCUUACAUCCUAAUUCUUAAGACUGUCAUGGGAAUUGCCUCAGAGGAGAGGGCUAAGGCCCUCAACACCUGUGUCUCCCAUAUCUGCUGUGUCCUGGUUUCAUAUGUCACAGUGAUUGGAUUUUCUAUGAUUCAUCAGUUUGGGAAGCAGGUUCCACAUAUCGUCCACCUCAUUAUGAGUUAUGUCUGUUUUCUGUUCCCUCCAUUAAUGAACCCUAUAAUAUACAGCAUCAAGACCAAGCAGAUCCAGAAUGGCAUCCUUCACCUUUUUACUACCCGUAGAGUGGGAAUCUGA